GAGGCGCCAACAUGGCGGCGGCCGGCGCCGAGGCCACUCGGCUGCUCCUGCUGCUGCUGGUGGCGGCGGCGGCGCCCAGCCGGGCUCGGGGCAGCGGCUGCCGGUCCGGGGUCGCUGCGCGGGGCGCAGGUGCUGAGGCUCGAGAAGGCGAGAGCUGUGGCACGGUGGGCCUGCUGUUGGAGCACUCUUUUGAGAUCGAUGACAACGCGAACUUCCGGAAGCGGGGCUCGCUGCUCUGGAACCAGCAGGACGGGUCCCUGUCCCUGUCACAGCGGCAGCUCAGUGAGGAAGAACGGAGCCGGCUGCGGGAUGUGGCAGCCGUGAAUGGCCUCUAUCGCGUCCGAGUCCCCCGGCGCCCGGGCACCCCUGAAGACGCUGGUGCGGGCAGCUACGUGUCUUCCUUCGUUCCCGCGUGCUCGCUGGUGGAGUCGCACCUGUCGGACCAGCUGACUCUGCACGUGGACGUGGCGGGCGGCCUGGUGGGGGUGUCCGUGGUCACCGUGCCUGGGGGCUGCCGUGGCCGUGAGGCGGAGGACGUAGACCUGGAGGUCUUCAACACGUCGGUGCUGCUGCAGCCGCCGCUGCCUGCGCCGGGCCCCGAGACGGCCGCCUUCAUCGAGCGUCUGGAGAUGGAGCAGGCGCAGAAGGCCAAGAACCCCCAGGAGCAAAAAUCCUUCUUCGCAAAAUAUUGGAUGUACAUCAUUCCCGUCGUCCUGUUCCUCAUGAUGUCCGGAGCGCCCGACGCGGGGGGCCAGGGCGGCGGGCAGGGCGGGGGCCAGGGCGGGGGCAGCGGCCGGUGACAGCUCAGGUCCCCCUGCCCGGGGGUACGGCCCAGACUCUCCUCACAUCAAGCCCUGAGUCUUGGGUGGCGGCCGGUACGUGGCUGCCCCCUGCUGCCCCCAGCCACCUUCCCUCUGUGCCUGCCCCACCUGCCUGUUUACCUGCUUCUCCCCAGGUUGUCUGUCCUCUCAGCUCCCUAACACCCCUACCCUCGUGCUGUCUCUGAGCAGACUUGGGGGGUUCUAACCUACCAGGAUCCCUUGGCCCAGAUACUUGCAGGUUGGAAGGAGACGUUCUGGGUCAGAGCAGACUUGGGCCUGAAGCUAACGCAGCUAGAGCUGGGGCCCUGUCUGGGGUUCCCACCUCCGUCCCUGUCACUGUAGGCUUUCCUGCCCCCCCCC